AUGUUCAACAUGCAGAAAAGACGGCCGAUUCGCCAAAGCGUGUCGUACCCUGCGGGGACGGCGUUCGCUUACAAGGUCCCCGAGGGUUACAUUGGCAACUUGACCGAAGAGCAGGAGGCAAAGGUUCGGGCAAUGUGGGCGAUUGGAUUCAAAUUUAUCGAGAUUUGCGAGGCAGAUGACGACACUAGCAAGGGAAAGACUCUCGAGGAGAAGAAGUAUGUCCCGCCUGCCAAGCAGUCCAGCCGACUGCCACGUGGCGCAAGCAAGACUCACGAAAAGUAUCCGACGCUGGUCAACGAAAUAUUGUCGUUACUGCCUACCGCGGAAAAGAACUUGAAUCGAUUGGCGCAGCAAGCCGUGGAGGCUUUGGACAAUUGGACCCCAGAGAUGUACCGGCUGAUUGUUCAACGAGUGGUCAAGCAUGAGCACCCAGACGCGCUUGCUCUUCGAUUUCUCCGCGCAUGCAAUUGGGAUAUCAUCAAAGCUACGACCAUGAUGGGCAAAACCAUUUAUUGGAGGACAAUUGAAGCCGGAGUGGAUGACGACAUCUUGAAGCAUGGAGAAGGGGGCGCGGCGGAAGAUGAAAAGAACAAUCGAGGAAUUACGAGAGCUCUAGGCGCAGACUUUAUGAAACAAGCCCGAUGGGGCAAAAGUUUCAUCCACGGAGUUGAUCGAGCUGGACGGCCAAUAACUCACAUUAGGGUUCGGCUGCACAGAAUGUCGGACCAAUCUGUUGAAAGCAUCGAGAGAUACGCUUUAUACCUCCUCGAGCUAGCUCGUUUAUCACUCAGACAUCCGAUUGAGACUGGCCGUCGACGGAUCAUGGCUAACAGAUUUCUUUUCCCAGCAAUCUGGAGACUCGUUCGCGUUUGGCUUGACAAAGAACUCACCAGCAAGGUCAAAUUCACAUACGGGAAGAAGGGUCUAAGGAAAUGGAUCGCAGCAGAUCAAUUGAUGAGGGGACUUGGCGGCGAAGAAGACUGGGAAUACACGUACGUUGAGCCACAGCCGGAUGAGAACAUGAAAAUGAAUGACUCCGAGACACGGGACCGUCUGUUGGAAGAAAGGAUGGCGUUGGCGCUGCAGUUCGAGGAAUUGACAAAAGAGUGGGUUAUGAAUGCUCAACUCAGUGAAAAAGUGAGGGAGAUUUGCGACAGGCGGAACCGAUGUGUGGAGGACCUGGCUGCCAACUACUGGGAAUUAGAUCCCUACGUACGAGCCCGAUCACUGUAUGACCGACUGGGUUACUUCCGUGGUGCCGAUGGCGUGGAUUGGUACCCCGGAAAGGCGGAUGAAGAGUCGUUGCAGGAGAUGAUGGAGAAGACUAGGUCGAUCGACAGCUGUGGCGCAAGUCAUUGCGAAGCUCUCAGUGAUGCGGGUGAUGGAUCAUGCUAUGAUAGCGACUGA